AUGCAGAUCAAGUACCUGAUUUCCAGAGUUGCAAAAUCAUUAAAAAACCUUUCCAAACUAGAACGGUUUCUUUUAUUUGUUCGCUUAGCAAGUCUAUGCUCAGCAUUUGUGUUUGGCUUAGUUGCCCUUAUUGGGCCCGUGUUCAAUAAUGGUCUAUACAUGACCAGAAUCAAUACUGCGCAUUUGGAAGUGUCCAAUGGGCUCUACAACUCGCUACGCAACUCUGUGAGUUCUGCAUCCUCCAUCUUGGGAGAAACUGACUCAGGGUAUGCACCUAUGGGAGACAGUUUAACGAAUAGUGAGAUCAAAUUGCUAACUGACUACGCAGAGGCACAAGUUGCUGGUGCGCCACAAUACUGCACAUCAACCUUGUGGACAUGGUGUAUUGGCGACUACGACACAUACAAUGUAAUUGGCAGAAAUGGGAAAGUUGUACAGAAAAAGAAAAACGAAGUUUUGACAUGUACGAAAAAGACACAUUACACCCUUGACUAUCGAUUACAGUUGCAAGCAAUGGGACUCGAGAGUAUUUUGGCCUAUGCAUACGAGACACAAGUACUGAAAAACUCGCAAUACGAUCAAGCGAUUGAUAAACGUACUAAUCGAUUGACGUUGGCUCUCAAUGGAGUAAUAUUCCUGUGCUGUGCUGAGCUCGUACUACUAUUCAGUACAUUGGUUAUCUAUUCAAACAGAGGCAAUGAGAGGGACUUGAGCAAGAUCCCAAAUGUUGUGCUACAUGCACUAGCAGUCGUUUCAGUGAUGGCGUGUCUUAGCUCAAUCAUUGGCUCGUCAGUCAUUACAAACUUGUUGUUGAUUACAAAAAACGAGGUUUCUCAAAAAUUGGAUGAUUUUGGUGUGCGCUUUGAAAGAGGGGCAACUUGGUUCACACUUUUGUGGUUCUCUACAGUUUGCAGUAUCAUUUCGAUGUUUAGCUGGGGUUUACCCAUGUGGUGUGCCAACCCGCCUCAGGAAGAGCGCAGGCACAAGUUGGAAGACUCUGUAUUUGUAGGUAGAUACACCCAAUACUUUUGA